AUGAGCGUCAAAACUACUCAGGGACUAUUUUUCUCGCUUCCCUCCAACCCCUCCCGCCCCCUAAGUAGUUUUGACACUCAUCCAAGAUGGCUGCCCGUAACGCAAAGUGCUCCUUCUCGACGAUCUUACGGAAAAAUAGGGACUGUGAAGUGUGAUCAGUCUGUAGUGACAUGUAUCAGAUUUGGUUCGGUCAGCUAACUUCAAAGCAGCCCGGAGCCAUUUCUGCAUUUAACCGCGCUAUGUUUUUGGAAGAAGCCGUGUUGGAAAUAGAAGUCUGCAGGUCGUUAUGGGAACUGAGAGGGAAAAUGGGCCACGUGGCUACUUGCUAAGACCAAAUUAGGUAAAUAACCAUUUCUGUAUUAAAUAACCAUUUUUGCACAUUUUUGGAUUUUUAAUCGUCCAAAGCAAGUUUGUUUAUUUACUAAAUAACCAAUUGUCCAGUUUGUUUAUAAAUAACCAAUUUUCCAUUCUGCCCGCAUUUUGGUUAUUUAAUAAAUAACCAAUUUCGCAUUUUGGUUAUUUAAUAAAUAACCAAUUUCGCAUUUUGGUUAUUUAACAAAUAAAAAAUUUCGCAUUUUGAUUAUUUAAUAAAUAACCAAUCUCGCAUUUUGGUCAUUUGAUAAAUAACCAAUUUCGCAUUUUGGUUAUUUAUUAAAUAACCAAUCUCGCAUUUGGUUAUUUAGAAAAAACCACUUUUUAAUUUUUGGUUAUUUGUUAAAUAACCAAAUUUCAGUUUUGGUUAUUUGUAAAUAACCAAUUUUAUAUUUUGGUUAUUUAGAAAUAAUAAAACUGUAAUGUGGUUUUUUGUAAAUAACCACUCUUGUUUUGGUUAUAUACAAAUAACCACUCUAAUUAAUAAAAUACAUUUGGUGCCCCAUAUUUUUCAAGCUUUGUUAAUAGAAUGGCCAUAUCGAGCCUAAUAUUUAGGUGGACAGUUAGUACAAUUGCAAAAAAGGAUUGAAUAUUAGUGUAUAUAUCGUAAAGGUAGAAAAUAAUAUUGGGAAAAGUACAAAAACAGUAUUUGAUUGGAUUUUAGGCGCGGCAAAGAAACGCCAGUCUUCCAAGAAACGCAAAAGGCCAUUAUCUUCAAGUAACAUUCCAGCUCCAAAAUACCCAAGGCCAUUAGAAGAUAAAGGUAAGGUUUGUUUUUGCUCAUGUUCGAAUAGGGGUUUGUCGUUUCUUUUUAUGUAUAUUGUAUAUGUACAAUCUACUUAGUGGGGAAGAUGUUUUUCCGCAGUCAGUGAUACAGGCGGCUCGUGAAAAAAUUCAAGUACUCCCCGCGUAGGAGUCGGACCUAUGACCUUCUGGUUACUGGUAGAGAUGCUCUACCACUGAACCACAGGAAACUCGUUGGAACUGAGGCCACUAAACUAGGUUCACGUGACAAACAUCCUGAAAACUGCUCCGAGGACUAUAGGACUAGUAUGACACACUACAUCGGAAGUAACACAAAGUGGAUAAUGUUGUGUUCAUUGAUUGAGGCUCUAUAAUGCCCGUACGGCUCUGCUUCCGGUCUGAAGUUGGACUCUCACAAGGCUUGAGUCGCUCUCAUUCACGCUCGGAGCAAAUUGUACGCUUCUCACGUCUGACUCGCUCUCUCAAUUUCGAAACAUUCUUCAUAACACCCUCAAGCUACAAUCAGGCCAGUUGAAAAUUUGAGCACAUUUUGGCCCAAAACGUAGUCGAGUCGCUGGCCCAAAACAUAGUCCAGUCGUGAUACUGUUCCUGGAGUGAAAGAUUAUGCAUGGUCAACGGUUUAGUUCCUCACUCAGUGUUUUUUUUUUUGUUUGUUUGUUUUUGUGCGUCACUACCAGAGGCGCAGCACAAUAAAGUUUCCUCUUGGUUUAUUUGUUUGUUCUCUGUUAAGGAAUUUUCCAUCUGAAGUUUGUUAACUCUGACAAGAUAAAGGAAGCCUUUGACAUUUGCCUAAAGACUUUGAUGGAUCACCAAUGAUGUGUUACAAAAGCAAAAUCUUUAAGGCGACGUAAUUUUACAAAGAAUGCGUUUUACGUGUAAAUGUGGGAGGAGAGUAAAUGUGGCAGUAUACUUUAGAACUUUUUUAUUUGAUCCCAAAAUGAUAAAGAAGUUAGUUUCUCUUUGGUGCUGUAUCAGUGGAAAUAUAAAACACAGAAAUUUGGUAUUAACUAUUAAGUUAAAAAAUUUAGUUUGAGCUCCAGCCGUGCGAUACAGUGUAGGGUUAGGGUUAUUCAACGUUACCUUGUGAAGCCUAUUCGUGCACAGCCAGAAAGAGCAAAUAGUGAGUUCACUAACGGUGAACUUACGCAAAAGAAAGCCGAAGUAAAGAAGACAGCAAAACUUGUGUGACAAGCGUGUCAAUAAUAAAUUUGGAAAUUUUGCGCCAAACUUAACUUUUCUUUUAAACACAUCUCAGUUUAAAAGACCAGAAUACUUUAUUGGUAAAUGAAAAUCACGACAAAACUCGUAACUGAUAACCCAUUCACGUUUGUCACACACCAACGUUUUCUGGCAUUUUCGUCUUUCUGUCGUCCUUUUGCUAAGCUCCCAGACUCGUACCCAGUCGCUAUUUAAGUGUUUUUUUGGAUGAGAGAAGAUUGAGGAUUAGGUUGAGGCGCGCGCGGGGUCUCAUGGGAAGACGUAGUAAUGUAGUGACGGUAGAAAGAAUUUUCGGUCAUUCUACUCAUCAAAGGAACGAAAGAACAGCAUUUUACAAAUUAAUGAGAAAUACUCCCGAUCUCCUUUUUCCAGCAGAUUGGUACAUCUCAGUUGUUGUGAAGCUUCUCAAAGGUGAAUACAAAAGGCGUUCUCAGUUAAGACCACUUCUUUGGGACAACACCAUCGAGUUACCCCUGGAUGACGUCUACACGAGACUUAAAAUCGUUUCAAGGCGGAAAGCAGACUUCCGAGUGGAUGAUAACGAGGUGAAUGUAUUCGACAUCUUCACAGCUCUUGAUAAAGGUGAGGAUGUUAUGACGCUUGUUGAAGGGAGUCCAGGAAUCGGUAAAACUACGUUUUGCCUUAAACUUGCUUAUGACUGGGCACAUGGAAAAAUUCCAGCUGAGUGUUCUUUUCCCAAAUUCGAGCUGAUGUUGCUUUUGAAAUGUCGAGACAUACAUAAGGAUAUAAUGGAAAGUAUCAGUGAACAACUGUUGCCAGAAGAUGUGGAGGAGAAGACUAAAGAGAGGCUGUUUAACUUCGUCAAGGACAUUCAUAAUCAGGAGAGAACUUUAAUCAUUUUGGACGGUUUGGAUGAGCUUCCCAAAGAUUCCGAACGUUAUGUAGAUAAACUGCUUCAAAGAAGAAUUUUAUCAUUUUGUUAUGUUUUGGCUACCUCCCGGCAAGAAAGGGGAAUUGAUGUACGGAAAAAGUACGGUUUUGACAUCCUUUUGGAGAUUAAAGGAUUCACAGAAAGUGAUGCAUUUGAUUAUAUCAGAAAACAUUUUAAAAAUGUUGGUCCCUUGCAUUCAUCAAAGGGAGAAAGUCUCAUUAAGGAAAUUGAAGAAAACUCUCUGUUACAUGCCUUGCGAAAUAAUCCUCUAAAUUUGCUUCUUCUUUGUGUUAUUUAUGAGGACUAUGAGGGGAAUUUACCGUCUUCCCGCUCUGAGCUUUACCAAGUUAUUGUGCUGUGCCUUUUAAGGAGACAUUGCGCUAAACACAAUCUAGAGGUUCCUGAAGAAAACAGAGCCUUAGAGAAGCAAUAUGAAGAGACCAUUCUUGCACUUGGAGAGUUAGCUUGGAUGUGUUUGCUGAGUGAUCGCUAUUGUUUUCGUGAAAGUGAAUUAGCUGCGCUUGAAAGAAGAUACAAAGGAUUGGUAUGUCGUCACGUAGGCCUUCUUUACAAGGAAGAAAGUCUGAGAAGGUUAAAGCCUCAACAUGAGUACUACUUUCUUCACAAGACCUUUCAAGAGUACCUGGCUGCCGCCUUUAUUGCUCACAAGUUGCGAGGAAACCAGUUAAGUUUGUUUGAGCGUCUAAGUUUUCAUGAACUAGCAAAAAAGUAUCGGGAAGUGUUUCUUUUUGUUUCUGGUGUACUUGGGAGAGAUGCAAGCAUUCUAUUCACUCAGAUUGGCGAAGAGCUGAAGAACUGGGGGAAAUGGGACUGGGACUGGUGCAGACAGUUUGGAGUAGUGACGAUGGAUGAUCGAAAGAGGGAAGAGAAUUGGGAUGACUGGGACAGCGACGACGAAGAGGACCGAGGCUGGGAAGCAGCAACUUUCCUUACGGAAAGCUUCUGCGAAAGUGGACACGCUGAAAAAGUGGCAGAGACUCUUUGUUCCUAUAUACCCUUCCCUACCCAUGUUGAGAUAAAUCUUGACCCACCGCCACGCAAUGACGAGAGUGGCAAUAUAUAUCACGUUUUGGAUGCCUGCAAAACCUUUUCAAACUUGCAGAAGCCAGUUCGGCUUACUGUUCAUAAAUGUUCGCAAGGUUCAAGCUAUCAGACUGUUGCAGAGCACAUACAAUCCUGCCCGCAGCUUGAGAGUCUUGCCAUUCACACCCCUUCUGUUACGUUAGACCUAGCCAACGCCCUACAUAAAGGCUUAUCUGGAAACACGACUUUAUCAAAGUUUACUCUGCAAGUGUGUGGCAGUAUUUCUUGUGACGUAGCUGCCGUCAUCGGUGAAUGGCUAGCUGCGCGUAAAUUCUUGAAGAACGUAACGUUUCUACUUCGCAGGGUGAAAGGUGAGGCGUGGGCCAGUUCUCUUGAAACUGGAUUGUCUGCUGACACUCUUUUGUCGUCUGUGGAACUCUCUGUUCGUGGGUCAAUGAGUGAUACUUCGAUCCUUGCUUUAGGAAAGCUUUCAUUAAAUAGAGCUUUGACCGAACUUUCUCUUAACAUUUCAGGAGAUAUGCAAACUUUUAUCGUUGAUGUUAUCGGCAAAGGAAUUGCACUACAAACCGUAUUAAAGUCGUUAAGUCUUGACAUUGAUGGCAACCUUAGUCUUUCUGGUGCUAAUAGCCUGAAAAGAGGCCUUCUAGAAAAUUGUUCCCUGAAUAAUUUGAGAGUGUUUGUCUUUGGAAAGGUUCCGAGCAACUGGCAGUCUUUUCUGGAAACUAUUCGUCUGGCAAAGAAGGUAUCGGUUACUUUUGAUUUCUACCCAGAUUCUUGUAGCAGAACAACAUCUAAUCAACUGGGAAAUUUUUAUCCUGGUCCAGAUGUGGUUGAGAAAGGUUUACAUACCAAACAGCAUUUAACUGUGGUUCUUUGGGGUGAGCUGAGUUGUGAUGGGGCGGAAGCUUUUUCUGAGCGCCUGGUACGUGCUCCCCUAACAAGCUUGGCGUUAAAGAUGCACGGAAAAGUAACUGAUAAUGUUGCUUAUUGCAUUGCAAGCUAUGUCAGACGUCACAACACACUGUCCUCCAUGACCAUCGACGUUUGGGGGGAUUUGGCCCCAGGAACACGUUCUUUUCUUCAGGGACUAUCAAAUACCGACCAAACUGUUGAGGUGAAAGUGCAUGACGUCUGUGUCCUUCCUGAAGAGUCAUGCAAUGCCUUUAGUGUCUCUAUUGACAGUAUUGCAUCACUCAAACCAGUGUUGUAUAAAAUCAAGAGUACCAGUGUGGAAAAGAUCAAUUUAAAAAUCAUUAACGACGAUGGUGCAAGUAAAGAGUGGACACACCUUAUAGGUGAGGCCUUGGCAGAAAACACGACAGUAACCGCGCUCGAUGUUACGAUCAACAACUACAUGACAAACGUGACAGCAGACUUUGGGAAAGACCUCGGGGAGAGUUUGUUGCGAUGCUCUUCAAUGACAGUUUUAAAUCUCGCAAUCAACAACUACACUAAGAUGGCAGAAGGUUGGGAAUGCCGUCUGGUAAAAAGUUUGUCCAAACUGGCUUCAUUGACUACACUCAGUCUUGCAAUUGACGAUCAUGGCGAGGUGAGGACAGUUGUAGAAGAAAGUUUGGGUGACGGUUUGAUGGCAAUGAAGUCACUGUCUACACUUUCCGUUGUAAUCAAUGGUAGUAAUUUGGAAAAAUUCUGGAGUUACUUUUUGCGAAAGUGUUUAAAAGAAAACAAUUCACUGUCUCUGCUCUGCGUUACAGUUAACAACUAUGACGACGACCUAGAAGAUCCAGAUUAUUCAUUUGAUGACUCAUUUGAAGAGCCUUAUUACUGGUACGAUGGCCUAGCUGAUGGGUUGGCAAGAACUACAUCAUUAAAUGAACUAACUCUGACAAUUAACAACAUCACUCUUAUUAGUAAUUGUUGGGUAGAAAGUGUCUGUAAAGGAUUUUUAGAAAACGAGUCAGUGACUACUCUUACUGUGACAGUCAGCGGUGAUUCCUCUUUCCCAGACUGUGUGAGCUGGGUCCCCAAACUGAAUAAAGGUUUGUCGAAAAACAAUUCAUUAACUACGCUCACUCUUACAGCAAACGCGUAUUGGGAGGGUGAACGGCGGGAAGGCAAGGACUUUUUCUGGGCUGAUAAAAUGUAUACUACGGUUAACGCAUCAUUAACAACGCUUAAUCUGACGAUCAACAUCUGCACAGAAGUCAGUGAAGAUUGGUUACCAGAACUCUGUGACUGUUUGGUGAAUAGUUCCUCGUUAACAACGUUUAGAUUGAAUGUAAACAACCAUUUCGCUACAAAUGAAAGUCGCAUAUAUGACUUUAGAAAACUUCGUUUGAAAUACAGAUCACUAUCCACAUUUGAACUCACUGUAACUUUCUAUGGAGAGUAA